CGGGGCACGAACCCGUGUCCCCUGCAUCGGCAGGCGGACUCUCAACCACUGCGCCACCAGGGAAGCCCCCUAGCACUGCUUUUAAUGUGAUUGUCAGGCUACUUUUGGGCUGAGAAUAAAGAGACAGUUGUCCAGACUCUGUCCCUGUGUGUUCAUGGAAGCCUUCUCUGUAUUUGUUGGCAAAUUUAGGGGUUCCACCAGGUAAUCUUUGACACCUUAGUCCUGCAGAGAUGAUCAAUUUCUUACAUGUAAAUAGAAUUUCAAAGUUGGAAGAGAUCUCAAGUUUUCUUAGUCCAGUUUAUAAAAUACUUUUAUGUUCUUUAUAUGAUCUUCACAAUUAUUUAUUAAGCUCUUACACCAUCAUGAUUAGACACUAGAAAUAGUGUCUUGUUCUUUUCUCUGAAGAUGAAUAGAAUAAGACUGUAUAGGUUCAUUUAGUCAAUAAAAUUGAUUAAGCACCUUUGUGCCAGGCAGUUUUAGCUGCUUCAGAUACAAAAUGAUUACAACUUGUCUUUGACCUUGGAGUUGCAUGUCUGCAAACCCUGCCAUUGAGGACAGCUGAGUGUAUUAAAGGGUUUGAUUUGGGCGUGAUAGAUCCUGACUUAUCUGUAAGAUUAGGUAAGAAAUGGUAUGUAUCCAACAGACUUUUUGGGGUGUAUCCUGGCAAGAUCCCAAUUCUUGUCCAUCCAAUCUUCAAAUUCUAUAAUUGAUGGGAGGGCACUGUGGGAACAGUUAUUGUACCCUUGCGGCUGCUCUUUAGGAAUGUAAAUUGUAAAUCCUCAGUAAAACACAAAAGAAAGGAAGGGACAGGAGUAUCGCCAGAGACAGGUCGUGUUUAAACUUGAACUUCUGAAUGGGUCACUCUUUCGCAGGUUUACAGUUGCACUAACCAGAUUAUGUGCUCCACUGGGCAACUUGAAUGGCCCCUCUACCACUCCCUUCCCUCAGCUCCAUGAACCCAAAUGGGCAAAUUAAAUACUAAGUAACUGUCGGGUGCUUUAUCAGUGUAAGAGUGAGAGCCCUGGUUGACUUGCAAAACUGCUCGGCUCCAGAAUAGGAAGGGUGGGGAGUGCAGCACUGACGGGUCUCUUAUCUGACUCUCUGAUGGCAGGAGGGAGAUGACCUCGAUAUUACGGAGCCCUCAGGCUCUCCAGCUUACUCUGGCUCUGAUUAAGCCUGAUGCAGUUGCUCACCCACUGAUUCUGGAGGCUGUUCAUCAGCAGAUUCUGAGCAACAAGUUCCUUAUUGUACGAAUGAGAGAACUUCUGUGGAGAAAGGAAGAUUGCCAGAAGUUUUACCAAGAGCAUGAAGGGCGUUUUUUCUAUCAGCGGCUGGUGGAGUUCAUGGCCAGUGGGCCAAUCCGAGCCUACAUCCUCGCCCACAAGGAUGCCAUCCAGCUCUGGAGGACAGUGAUGGGACCCACCAGAGUGUUUCGAGCACGCCACGUGGCCCCAGAUUCAAUUCGUGGGAGUUUCGGCCUCACUGACACCCGUAAUACAACCCAUGGCUCAGACUCUGUGGUUUCAGCCAGUAGAGAGAUCGCAGCCUUCUUUCCCGACUUCAGUGAACAGCGCUGGUAUGAGGAAGAGGAGCCCCAGUUGCGCUGUGGCCCUGUGCGCUACAAUCCAGAGGGAGGCAUCCACUUUGCAGCUGGAACAGGAGGCCCAGGGCCAACCUGACGCAGGCCUGUUGGUCUGUGAGGAGUGAUGGUGUUGCCCAGCCUUUUCUCGCAGACCUCUGGUCCAGAGCAUUCUCCUAGGACCAGGGAGGCCUGGGGCUUAUUGUGCCAUCUCUGCUGGGCACCGCCACCUGCAUAAGAGCCUAGCUCCUCACUGCUACCUCUUCUAGAAUCUAACUCUCUAUCUACCUCUUCUCUGGAAUGUUCAUGGGUGGUUCAGAGGAAUGAUGGCUCCUUUUUUUCUGAGAACUGUUCAUCCUUUUUCAAGGAGGGGCUUGCCUAACUGACUUGCCUGAAAAAUGCAGUGACUGUAUUAGCAACAUUUGGUCUAUUUUCCUUAAUAAAAGUCAGUAUUCUACUGAA